CUCGACCUUGCACACAAGCCGCCACCAUGACGGACAGCAGCAGCGAACUCAAGGUGCUCGUGACGCUCUCUCGUCACGGAAGCCGCGCGCCCAACGCGAUCGCCAAGCGGCUGUGUCCCAAGAACGCCGCCAACGCGCAGGCGUACCAAGUGCCGCCGGCCCAGCUCACGGAGAAGGGCAUGGAGCAACUCCGCCUCGCCGGCGACCACAUCCGGCACGAGUACGUCGAGCGCCAGAAGUUUCUGUCGCCGUCGAUUGCCGGCCCCGAGCGACUGCAUUUCGAGACGUACUUCCGCGCUGACUCGGCCGACCGCUGCGGCCAGAGCGCGCUCUCGCUCGGCUACGGCCUGUACCCGGACAAGACGGGCCCGAAAGGCUUUUCGAAACAGCCCAUCGCGAUCUACAUGCAGCUCCUUCAGAACGAACACGAGUUUGCCGCGACCGAAGGGCCGUGCGCAGCCGUCGCCAAGGCCGACGACCUCCGCUACGAGCAGAGCCGCGCGCAGGACCUCCUCCGCGAGAAGAAGGCGCUUCUCGACACUGUUGGUGCGCUCUGCGGCGUGGACAUUCCGUCGAUCCCAAGCAUGCCCCACGGCGAAGACGUCAUCACGGGCAUCAAGGACAUUGCCGACGCCUUCACCUUUGACGCACAAGCCGGCCUCCCGCCGUUGCCGGGCCUCACGCCGGAGGUUCGCGCCGAGAUGGAGCAGCUCGCGUUCACGAACCUCAUGGAGCGCUACUACUCGACGCCCGAGCAAGUCACGUACUGGGUCGGCGGGUUCGGCGACCUCUUGCUUAAGAACCUCAACCAAGCGACGCAGCCGACACCGCUCGCAUACAAGUACUACUCGUACCACGGGCACCGCGAGCUGCUCCACGGCCUCGGCAAGCUGCUUGGCUGGGACUUUCACUUUGACGGCCUCCCGGUGGCGCUCAACACAUCCUCGCUGCACCCCGGCACGACCAUGACGUUUGAGGUCCGCGAGCGCAAGAGCCACCUCUUUGUCAAUACGUUUGUGUGGUCGCCUCAAACCGGCCGCGACGCUGUGCGGCUCACCAAGUGCUCGGCGAUGGACUGCCCCCUCGACGAGUUCAAUGGCAUCUUCAAGUCGCAGCUGGAACUCACGGGCUCGUACCUCGAUAUUUGCGCGCCAAAGGACACGCUGGCGACGAGCUCCGUCGACGACGGCGCGGCGAUCGAGGACUACGACUCGAUUCUGCUCACGGUCGCGCCUUUCAUCGCCCUCGUGGUGUUUGUGGCCAUGGCCAUCCACAGUGCCACCCGCCGCACCCAGCGCCACGUCGAGUACCGUGGGCUGCCAUAA